GACUCCAAGUUGUUUUUUUGGAGCUUAUUACAUUUUUAGUAUUUUCUCUACAGUACAGCGAAGAAUUAGCCUUUGUUUAAAUAAAUGGCAAUAGCACUCCCAUCAAGGGAAUGGAAUCGUAUCGUAGAAUGGACAGGCACGGACAGAGACAAAACUAGCGUUGUCCAACGGCAGGAGUACUUGCAACAACUCAAAGACGCCAGCAGGGAAAUGACUAAGCACUGGCCUAACUCGUUAGAGAACGUAAACAAACGCAACGAGGAAACCCGUCGUGCGCGUGCUCAGGCCGCCGAGGAGGCAAACGCCAAGUUUUACAAGAAGUACCUGAAGCGGAAGCAGGAGGAACACCAGCGAAUGAUGAGCAGCGCCAGGGACGUAGUCUUCAAAGACCAGGACGCGCCAAAGAUGCUGCUCAGCGCUGUGAUCGAAACAGUGGUACUCAAAGAGCGAGAGGAGCAGAUUAAGUUCAACAAGCAUCUUCGAGAGCUGGCGGAGGAGAGGAAGACGAGAGAAGACCUAGACAUCAUCAGAGCGGCGGAACAGUGGCACCAGCAGCGGACGGAAAUGGACAAGAGACGAGUUGCGGCCAACAAGCAACAUCAGCAGGAAAUAUUGCAACAAGCGCGCGAGGCAGCGGAAAGGAGCCGCAAGGAGUAUGAGGAGGAACUUCACUUCCAGAAGAUAGACAACAUAAAAGCCAACCAGCAGAUGGAAGCUAUCAAGAAGUUCGAAUUGGAAAUGAAAGAGGCAGAGAAAACGCGUAGAUGGUCGGCCAUGGAGAGCUGUCGUAAGGAGGUGAUGGCGCGGAAACACGAGCAGGCGACGCGGGAUAAGCUGGACGACAAGCUGACCGCCGCGCUGACAAGAGCGAGGGACCGCGUCGUGUGUAGGACGCGCGCUACGGAGGAGAAGAUAAGAAAAGAGAAGCUUCAAGUUCUGGAGCGAAUAAGCGAGAAGUUGCAGACGGGAGAUGCGGAGAGGGAGGCUAAAGAAAACGCCAUUUGUGAGAAAGUUAACAGAGAGAAACAGGCAAGCGACGAAGCGCGUCGGCAAGCGGAACUCGAGAAGGAGCAGCGACUGAAACAAGAGCGCAUAGAAGAUAGAAGACGAAAUCUAGAAGAUGAGGAGAAGAGACUUCACGACUUCAACACCAUGAAGCAGUGGGAGAUCAUGAACAGGUUCAAGAACGCCGAACUGUACGAGCAGUACAAACAGCAGCAGCUGGAGAAGAAAACAGAGAAGAAGAUGGAGUAUAAGGAGUUUCUACUGAAGCAAUGGAAGGAGGUAUCGGACGCUCAGGAGGCGGAGCUAGCGGCGCGUCGCGCGUGGUACGGCGCGCGGGCGGAGCGGGCGCGGCGCGCGGACGACCGCCGUGUGAUGCAGCUGGCGCGCGCGCUGCACGCCGAGGCCAGCACGCACCACCGACCCGUGCGCCCGAUUACUGCUGCGAUACGGCGCUACUGCAAGCUGCAGCGGAUUCCUCUACCGGAGUUGCCGGAGGCGGCGCCCGCACAGCAGGCCGAGAAAAGAGAUGGAGUUACACUGCCUCAAUUAACUCGGAAGAUUGUGAAAGAAGAAAGUCGUGAGUUCGUCGUAGCUGGACCCGCAAACGGCCUGCAGGGGGAAAAAUAGUCCAAAAAGUAACAAAUAAAACGCAGUGAUACAAAAAGAUCAUUUAUUUCGAAAUUCCAUCAGCGUUCACCGUGAGAGAGCGAUAUGGCACCGGCGACUUGACUAGAAGAUCGCGCCUCCUACCGUUCUGUGCGGACCGCCCCGCCUACACUCGGCUCGCGGAAAUUAGAGGGAGACAACAUCAUAAAAUAGCUAAAACUA